UAAAUAGACACAAGAAACAUGCUUCUGAAACUUUAGGAAAAAACAUGUUGGAAUCAUUUAUACACAAUGAAUGUGUUUUACUAUGUAUAAAACCAUUUUGAGAUGAAUUUUUUUAUUAGCACUCCCCCACUCUUACUGGAAUGAUUAUCUGUUAAUUUAUAAAGUAUUAGCUACUUGUUAUUAAUUUAUUUAAAUUUAGUGGUUGUUCUCAUUUCAAAAGUCUAUUACUCUAAUUUCAGAAUUGCAGUUUCGAGAGUGGGAAUGUAUCGAUGAAUCAAAAAAACAUAAAGACUUGUUGUUAAAAUUGAUUGAGUAUGGGCGCGAUCCCAACGUUAAGGUUGAAUAUGUGAACGAUGUGCGCGUAGUUUUCUCAGAGGAGUUUUGCAUCGGCAAAGGAAAUGAUGAAACUCGUGUUUAUCUUGGACUAGCAAAAGAUGGUUACGGCAAAGCUGUAAAACGAAUACGAAAAGACAACUGCACCAACAUUGCAGACCAUGAAAAGAAAAUUCUCAAUAAAGUAAAUGCUAAGGAAUCAAAACAUGUUGUGAAUUAUUGCUCUUUGGUGGAGGACGCUGGAGAAUAUGUCUAUUUGGUACUUGACCUGUGUGAAGAAUCGCUGGAAGAUUUUGUGCAAUCAAAUGAAUUAGCUAAUCUUGUGGAAUCGCUUCCUAAAAUUCUCGAACAAAUUUUAACAGGAUUAUUUGAUCUCCAUAAAGGCUCAGAUCCUAUUCUUCACCUGGAUUUAAAGCCUUGCAAUGUUCUACGAGAUGCACAUGAAAAAUUUCUUUUAGCUGAUUUUGGUAUUAGUCGAAUAUUGAUGAAUGGCUUAAAGACAUAUCGUACUAGUUCUAGAAAAGGAACUGAGCAUUGGAUUGCUCCUGAAUCGUAUUGUAAAGAUGAGGAUAAAUUUGAUAAAGGACGUUACAAGAGAGAGUCUGACAUAAUGAAUGCAGGAAUGGUGGCUUAUUAUGUUGCAACUAAAGGGGAACAUGCUUUUGGAUCUUCGGUGGAUAGACUAAAGAAUCUGGUGAAUGGAAAGCCAGUUGGCUUGGAUAAAAUCAAGGAUCUAGUGCUUAAAGACCUUUUAUCGUGGAUGUUAAGCCUAAAACCAGAAGACAGGCCAUUAGCCGAGACAGCCUUGAAACACCCUUAUUUUCUUUCAGAUGAAGAGAAGUUUAAUCUGCUUUGUAAAGUUGGUGACCAACCGUCAAUCAAAACAAAUGGUGCCCAUUCAAGUGUAGCUCAAAUAUUGAAUGCUGAUUCCUCCAACUGGCAAAGUCGAAUGGAUGGUGAUGUCUAUAAGUAUUUUUGCACGGAUGAGGUGAAUAGAAGAAUUGUUAAUUAUGGAUCUUCAUGGACAGAAUGCUUAAGAUUUAUUCGAAAUGUUGGAAUGCAUUGGAACGAUCGACCACGACCUAGACAACAACUGUUUUAUAAGAUUGGUCAUCCAAAACACUACUUUCUUUCGAAAUUUACCGAUCUCCUAAUUCGGGUGCACGCAGCCAUUAGGUCAAACGACGAAAUGAAAAGCAUUAUAUAAUUGAUAGAAAAAAAUUUUAAACUUGUAAAGAUGUAUUUAUAUUUUCCUUAUGAAAAAGAAAAUUUGUAAUUUGUAAUCUUAAGUCACGCUAAUAAGCACUUUAUAAUCUGCAAAAUGUAUUUAUAGUCACGUCAAUAAGCACUUUAUAAUCUGCAAAAUGUAUUUAUAGUCACGCCAAUAAGAACUUUGUAAUCUGCAAAAUGUGUUUAUAAACGUACAAUUUAACCAGGUGCAAUUAAUUUGCAUUAGAUUUUUUGCAAUUUGUAAUUGGCGACAAACAAUUAUAAAUGUAUGGCAUUUAUUA